AUGUUCACAAAAGUAUCUUUCAGCUCCCCCUUAGAAGGAAAGCCAGGAAUGACUUCCCUUCACCAGGCCAGUACGCUCAACAUGUACAACAUAUCUAAUACCCAAGAACCUUGUACAACUAAAAAUUCUUGUUUGAAAACUGAGUUUGAAGAUCGGCUGUUGUUUUUGCCUGAAAAAUUAAGAGCGAGACUACUUCCUUUCCAGAAGAAUGGUAUCAGCUUUGCAUUGAAAAGAGAUGGCAGAUGCAUGGUGGCUGAUGAAAUGGGUCUAGGAAAAACAAUUCAAGCAGUUGCCAUAGCUUAUUUCUAUAAAAAUGAAUGGCCUCUUUUAAUAGUUGUUCCUUCAUCUCUGAGAUACCCUUGGACAGAGGAGAUUGAGAAAUGGAUUCCAGAACUAGAACCACAAGAAAUCAUCAUUAUUCAGAAUAAAACUGAUGUUGGGAGUAUAUCGACCAGCAAAGUGACAGUUCUAGGUUACGGUCUAUUAACUACAGAUGCAGAGCUCCUGAUAGACACUCUGUACAAUCAGAACUUUAAAGUUGUUAUAAUAGAUGAAUCACACUACAUGAAGUCCAGAAAUGCAUCCCGAAGCAAGAUUUUAUUGCCAAUAAUACAAAAUUCUAAAAGAGCCAUUCUUCUUACUGGGACUCCGGCUUUGGGAAGACCUGAAGAGCUUUUUAUGCAGAUUGAUGCUCUUUACCCAAAACGAUUUGGAACAUGGACUGAAUAUGCAAAAAGAUAUUGUAAUGCUCAUCUCAGGUAUUUUGGUAAAAGAGCUCAGUGGGACUGCAGAGGUGCAUCCAAUUUGAGUGAACUUCAUCAGCUAUUAAGUAAUAUAAUGAUUAGGAGAUUAAAGAAUGAAGUUUUAACUCAACUACCCCCUAAAAUUAGACAACGUAUUCCAUUUGAUCUUCCUUCUGCAGCAGCUAAGGAAUUGAAUACUAGCUUUGAAGAAUGGGAGAAAUUAAUGAGGGCUCCACAUUCAGAUGCCAAUGAGACUGGUAGCCACUUUUUUCAAGUCAUGGGGUUGAUGACCCGCAUGUUUAAGCAAACAGCUAUUGCCAAGGCAGGUGCAGUAAAGGACUAUAUUAAACUGAUGCUUCAGAAUGAUUCGCUUAAAUUUCUAGUUUUUGCUCAUCAUUUAAGCAUGCUCCAAGCUUGCACAGAAGCAGCAAUAGAAAGCAAGGUUCGUUAUAUUAGAAUAGAUGGAAGUGUUCCUUCUUCAGAAAGAAUACACCUCGUUAAUCAGUUUCAAAAGGACCCUGAUACCAGAGUGGCUAUCUUAAGCAUUCUGGCUGCUGGCCAGGGUUUAACUUUCACUGCAGCAACUCAUGUCAUAUUUGCUGAGUUAUAUUGGGACCCAGGACACAUAAAGCAAGCAGAAGACCGUGCUCACCGAAUUGGACAAAGCAGUUCUGUAAAUAUCCACUAUCUUAUUGCUAAUGGAACACUGGAUUCUCUGAUGUGGGGGAUGUUGAAUCGCAAGGCCAUCAUUACUGGUAGCACAUUGAAUGGCAGGAAAGAGAAACUUGAGGCAGAAGAAGGUGACAAAGAAAAGUGGGAUUUCCUGAAAUUUGCUGAAGCUUGGACUCCGAAUGAAAAUUUUGAAGAAAUCAAGAAUGAAGUUCUGUUCACUCAUUUUGAAAAAGAAAAACAGCAUGAUAUUCGAUCCUUCUUUUCACCAAAACAUAAGAAGAAACACACAAUGGCAUCCUGUGAUGAAUCAACUAUACUCCAGGAAAAAGCUACUGAGAAGGCCUUGGACUGUAGAAAUACAGCUAAGAGGGAUGCAGUUGACUAUGAAAGUGAUUUUGAACCUGAAGCUAAAAAAUGGAAAUCAGUAGCCAUUCAGAGCAAUUCCAGUCAAAAAGAGAAAAGAUCAUCCUGGCCUAGUUCAACAAAAGCUGAAUUUAUAGAAGAAACAAUUCAGGACAAAAAGUCUAACUCAACCAAAAUAUCCCUCCCUGGAAAAGAUUGGCAGUGUGGUCUCUGCACUUAUGUUAAUAGUUCAUUAUGGACUUACUGUGAAAUGUGUGAGACCCCUCAAGACAGUUCUGCAUAUCAGAACAAGAAACAAAUAGAUAAUCAUAGCUGUAUCCAGGUUGAAAAAGGAAAUCAGGUGAAUGAGUCCCAGAAAGAUACUAUCUUGCAAAUUGAAACCAACUCUUCCAGUGGGCAGCAAAUCCUUGAACAAUCAGUAACCGAACAGUUUAUGGAAAGCAAAGAAGAAAAAGCUGAAAGCGAAAAUGAAGAUGAGAGAUAUGGACUAAAACCCCAACAAGAACAGUUAAAGAAUUCAGACACUUUACCUGUAUAUGAUGUUCUAAUGUUUUGUGCCAGUAAGAAUACAGACAGAAUUCACCUCUAUACUAAGGAUGGUGAACAAAUGAACUGCAAUUUCAUUCCUUUGGAUGUAAAAUUAGACCUCUGGGAAGAUUUACCAGCAUGUUUUCAACUGAAACAAAACCGUUCACUGAUUUUGAAGUUUGUGCGAGAGUGGAGUAGUCUCACUGCUAUGAAGCAAAGAAUUAUCCGGAGAAGUGGCCAUAUUUUUUGUAGCCCUAUUCUGGCUUUGGAUGAGAUAACAAAGCAACAAAUUAAACAAAGUAGUUUCAAAAGAUACAUAACUAAAGGAGAUGUUGCAGCAGCUGCUGUGAAUAAAGUGCAAAAGGAUGGGGGCAGCACCCGUGUGAUCACAAAGGAGUCCAAGUUUCCCUCUAAAAGCCAAAUCUCUUCUGCUAUGGAAACACAGGAAACGAUUAUAAACCCAGACCAAGGUGAUCUUACCAUAAAACCUUCUACAUCGAAGGGAUUUUUGCAGGCUAUUGAUACUGAAGGAAAUCCACUCUGUCUUCACUGUCAGCAACCUACUUGCCAGUCUGACCAACAGGACAAAGUGAAUGCUUGGGAUUCACGGUUUUGUUCUCAGAAAUGUCAGGAGGAAUUUUGGAUUCGAUCAAAUAACAGCUACUUACGUGCUAAAGUAUUUGAAAUUGAGCAUGGUGUGUGUCAGCUCUGUAAUCUGAAUGCCCAGGAACUCUUCCUUUCUCUCAGAGAUGCGCCUAAAAAUCAACGGAAGAAUCUUCUGCAAACCACUUGGAUCUCAAAACUCUCCAUAAAACAGUUAAAUGAGAUGAUGAAAAACCCCGUGGAAGGCCAGUUCUGGCAGGUGGAUCACAUCCGGCCAGUCUACAGUGGAGGGGGGCAGUGCUCGCUGGAGAACCUUCAGACUCUCUGCACGGUUUGUCAUAAGGAGAAAACCACUAAACAAGCCAAAGAAAGAAGCCUGGCAAAAAGAAAAUCUUUAGCUUCAAAAUAUGGAUCAGACAUCACAAAAUUUUUCACAAAGAAGUAA